GCCACCCUUCCUACACGGUGUCCCGUUUUAAUCUCUCUGGACAGUAGAUUAUAGUAUGAGAGAGAUUUCAGUUGGAGUAACCUGUCCAGUUCUGCACAUAAUGUUCAAAAAAAGAUUAAUGUGAAUGAGCAGGAGGACAGAAGAAUUACUGCUACAGGAAAUAAUCUCAAGAAGAUGAAAUCUAACAAAGAAAAGACCUGCACUAGGGAGAGAGACUUUGUAUACAAAUUUAAUGCUGGAAAUCAACAGUUAUUACUUACAGUGCCUCUAAAAUUCCCUGUGCAGGAGAAUGUUAGUCACCUGCAUGGACAUCUAAUGCUUCUGCACCAUCUACCAUGCGUUAUAGAAAACGAUCUGAAGCAGUCACUUAAUAAGUUCAUAGAAGAGGAAACUAUAAAGGAUUAUGAUAAAGAAGCUGACAUGUCUCUGGAAGUUAUCAAAUCAGGAGAAAUAGAUAUAAACCAGCUGGUAGAUAUUUGGGCUAAAGCUUAUAAAGAGACAACAUUGGAAUAUGCAAAACCUGAAGAAAUCAGUUGGGAUGAAGAUUUUGCAAAUGUUUAUCAUGAUCUGAUACAUUCUCCAGCUUCUGAGACACUAUUAAACCUGGAACACAAUUAUUUUGUUAGUAUCUCAGAAUUAAUAAGUGAAAGAGAUGUGGAACUGAAAAAGCUGCGAGAAAGACAAGGAGCAGAAAUGGAUACAGUGAUGCAGGAGCUAGGGAAAUCACUCACAGACCAAGAUGUAAAUUCAUUAGCAGCUCAGCAUUUUGAAUCUCAGCAGGAUUUGGAAAACAAAUGGACCAAUGAAUUAAAACAGUCUACUGCAAUCCAGAAGCAGGAAUAUCAGGAGUGGGUGAUGAAACUACAUCAGGACCUAAAGAAUCCCAACAAUAGCUCAAUCAGUGAUGAAAUUAAGGUUCAGCCCAGUCAGUUGAGAGAAUCCAUGGAAGUAAAUGGAAGAAUUUAUGAAGAGCAAAGACUGUUGGAAGAAAGUUUUACUAUUCACUUAGGAGCUCAGUUGAAGACCAUGCAUAAUUUAAGAUUACUGAGAGCUGAUAUGUUAGACUUCUGUAAACAUAAGCGUAAUCAUCGAAGUGGAGUAAAACUUCACAGACUUCAAACUGCAAUGUCUCUCUAUUCAACUUCUCUCUGUGGCCUAGUUUUAUUAGUUGAUAACCGUAUAAGUUCAUACAGUGGCAUCAAAAGAGAUUUUGCAACUGUUUGCCAAGAAUGCACGGAUUUCCAUUUUCCUGGAAUUCAAGAACAACUUGAAAUUAUCCAGAAGGUUGUACUUAAGGCCAGAGCACAGCGUAGCAGAAACAAAAAUAAUGGGAAUGAAGAUAAAUCCAAGAAUAUUGAACGAAACCAGUCAAACAUUUUGCCAGGAGAAUUUUACAUCACACGGCAUUCAAAUCUUUCUGAAAUUCAUGUUGCUUUUCAUCUCUGUGUGGAUGAUAAUGUAAGAUCUGGUAACGUAACUGCUCGGGAUCCUGCAAUCAUGGGACUGAGGAAUAUUCUCAAAGUUUGUUGCACACAUGACAUUACUACAAUUAGUAUUCCUCUCCUACUGGUACAUGAUAUGUCAGAAGAAAUGACUAUUCCAUGGUGCUUGAAGAGGGCAGAGCUUGUCUUCAAGUGUGUCAAAGGUUUCAUGAUGGAAAUGGCCUCAUGGGAUGGAGGAAUUUCUCGGACUGUACAAUUCCUGGUGCCACAGACGAUUUCUGAGGAAAUGUUUUACCAGCUGAGUAAUAUGCUUCCACAGAUCUUCCGAGUAUCCUCAACAUUGACUCUCACCUCUAAACACUGAAUUUUGUGCAACAGCAAGGUGAACCAUAUUGAAAAAGGAUGAGAUUGCUGAGAUUCUGUAGAUUUUCUGCAGAUUGAUGGCUGUGAUCGAUGACCAUGUGUUGCAGUGUUAAGAAUAAUAUAAUAAAAGAUGUGUACUCUCUC